GAAGAGAUAUAAGCACGAAAGCUUGCGUCUCCAGAAGGAGGAGGAGAGAAAACAUUUGGUGUCACCAAGACACAAAUUUGACACCGAGGGGUCGCAAAAAGAUUUGAUCUUUGAUCUUUCCUCUCUCUCUCGCUAUCUCUUCUUUCUCUCCUCUCUGUUCGAUUGAUUCUUUUUUUUUUCCCAACGAACGAGAAACAGAGAGUUUUUGUUUCGAGCGUGAUCACAGAGAUGGCUACUUUGUUGUCGUCCCAAUUCACGUUACCAGCUCCAAAGGCUGAUCAACUCUCCUCGCUCUCUCAAAAGCACUACUUUUUACGCUCCUUCCUCCCCAGGAAGACGAACCCAGCAGGCAAUUCUUCAAAAUCCGCCAUGAAAGUGAAAUGUGCAGUGGUGGGCAAUGGCCUCUUCACGCAGACGACGCCUGAAGUCCGCCGUAUUGUGCCGGAGCGAGACGGGAGCCUCCCAACGGUGAAGAUCGUGUACGUGGUCCUGGAGGCUCAGUACCAGUCGUCUCUCUCAGCUGCAGUGCUUGCACUGAAUAAGAACAAGAGGUAUGCUUCGUUUGAAGUUGUGGGUUACUUAGUUGAAGAGCUUAGGGAUGAGAAUACAUACAAAAGUUUCUGCAAGGACCUUGAGGAUGCGAAUAUCUUCAUUGGGUCAUUGAUCUUCGUGGAGGAGCUUGCACUGAAAGUGAAGGCUGCAGUGGAAACGGAAAGGGACAGGCUUGAUGCAGUCUUGGUGUUCCCUUCAAUGCCUGAGGUGAUGAGACUCAACAAGUUGGGCUCGUUCAGUAUGUCACAGCUCGGGCAAUCGAAGAGCCCCUUUUUCCAGUUGUUCAAGAAGAAGAAGUCUUCUGCAGGGUUUGCGGACAGCAUGUUGAAGCUAGUGCGGACGUUGCCGAAGGUGCUCAAGUACUUGCCGAGCGACAAGGCUCAGGAUGCUAGGUUAUAUAUCCUCAGCUUGCAGUUCUGGCUUGGCGGGUCGCCAGAUAACUUGCAGAAUUUCUUGAAGAUGAUCUCAGGGUCUUAUGUUCCGGCACUGAAGGGGACUAAGAUCGAGUACUCGGACCCGGUUCUGUUCUUGGACAGUGGAAUUUGGCACCCUUUGGCUCCUUGUAUGUAUGAUGAUGUGAAGGAGUACUUGAAUUGGUAUGGCACCAGAAAGGAUGCUAAUGAGAAGCUCAAGGGACCAAAUGCACCAGUGAUCGGGUUGAUUUUGCAGAGGAGCCACAUUGUCACUGGGGACGAGAGCCAUUACGUGGCAGUGAUUAUGGAGUUAGAGGCGAAAGGGGCGAAAGUCAUACCCAUUUUUGCAGGCGGUCUUGAUUUCUCGGGACCGGUUGAAAGGUUCCUGAUUGACCCGGUCACGAAGAAACCAUUCGUGCAUUCGGCGAUUUCUCUAACUGGGUUUGCUCUUGUGGGGGGACCGGCGAGGCAGGAUCAUCCGAGGGCAGUGGAGGCGCUGAUGAAGCUCGAUGUCCCUUACAUUGUUGCGCUGCCUUUGGUGUUUCAAACCACGGAGGAGUGGUUGAACAGUACUCUGGGUUUGCAUCCAAUUCAGGUAGCUCUGCAGGUUGCACUUCCCGAGCUGGAUGGCGGCAUGGAACCCAUUGUCUUCGCUGGUCGCGAUCCUCGAAGUGGGAAAUCACAUGCUCUUCACAAGAGGGUGGAGCAGCUCUGCACCAGAGCAAUCAGAUGGGCUGAACUGAAAAGGAAAUCAAAGGCAGAGAAGCGACUUGCAAUUACUGUCUUCAGCUUCCCUCCGGAUAAAGGAAACGUUGGAUCGGCAGCAUACCUCAAUGUCUUCUCUUCUAUCUACUCUGUUCUCAAGGACCUUCAAAAGGACGGCUACAAUGUGGAGGGCCUUCCAGAGACUUCUGAAGCUUUGAUCGAAGAAGUCAUUCAUGAUAAAGAGGCUCAGUUCAGCAGCCCAAAUCUGAAUGUCGCCUACAAAAUGGGCGUGAGAGAAUAUUAUGACCUCACUCCUUAUGCCACCGCAUUGGAAGAGAACUGGGGUAAGGCGCCGGGUAAUUUGAACUCUGACGGAGAAAGUCUCUUGGUCUAUGGAAAACAGUAUGGAAAUGUCUUUAUCGGAGUUCAGCCCACUUUCGGAUACGAGGGCGAUCCUAUGCGGCUUCUUUUCUCCAAAUCAGCGAGUCCGCACCAUGGAUUUGCCGCUUAUUACUCUUUUGUGGAGAAAAUAUUUCAGGCUGAUGCUGUUCUCCAUUUCGGCACCCAUGGUUCACUAGAGUUCAUGCCUGGGAAGCAGGUGGGAAUGAGCGACGCCUGUUAUCCCGAUAGUCUUAUUGGAAACAUACCGAAUGUCUAUUACUACGCGGCUAACAACCCUUCCGAGGCUACUAUUGCCAAACGUCGGAGCUACGCUAAUACCAUAAGCUACUUGACCCCUCCAGCAGAGAAUGCAGGGCUUUACAAGGGACUUAAGCAAUUGAGUGAGCUCAUCUCUUCGUACCAAUCCCUCAAAGACACUGGCCGCGGACCACAGAUUGUCAGCUCCAUUAUAAGCACAGCUAAGCAAUGCAAUCUCGACAAGGAUGUGGAACUCCCGGCUGAGGGAGAGGAGAUCUCAGCAAAAGAACGCGAUCUGGUUGUUGGAAAGGUUUACUCUAAGAUCAUGGAAAUCGAAUCCCGGCUUCUACCUUGUGGGCUCCACGUCAUUGGUGAGCCCCCAUCAGCGAUGGAAGCAGUUGCCACACUGGUGAACAUUGCUGCUCUAGAUCGUCCUGAAGAUGGGAUAUCAUCGCUCCCAGCUAUACUAGCUGAGACUGUUGGACUGCGCAUAGAGGACGUGUACCGAGGAAGUGACAAGGGAAUAUUGAAGGAUGUGGAGCUGCUUCGACAAAUAACUGAAGCAUCUCGUGGCGCAGUCACUGCCUUUGUAGAGCGAACAACUAAUAACAAGGGUCAAGUUGUUGACGUCACCAACAAGUUGAGCUCCAUUCUUGGGUUUGGAAUAAAUGAACCCUGGAUCCAGUACUUGUCGAGCACUAAGUUUUACCGUGCAGAUAGAGAGAAGCUUAGGACCCUCUUCGAGUUUCUUGGGGAGUGUUUGCAACUUGUCGUGGCUGAUAAUGAGUUGGGGAGCUUGAAGCAAGCAUUGGAGGGAAAAUAUGUUGAGCCAGGACCAGGUGGUGACCCUAUUAGAAAUCCUAAAGUGCUGCCGACUGGAAAGAACAUCCACGCACUGGAUCCACAAGCUAUUCCAACUACAGCAGCGAUGCAGAGUGCAAAGGUUGUCGUGGAUAGGUUGGUUGAGAGGCAGAAGGUUGAUAAUGGUGGAAAAUAUCCUGAAACAGUUGCUCUUGUACUGUGGGGAACAGACAAUAUUAAGACGUACGGUGAAUCUUUGGGUCAAGUUUUGUGGAUGAUUGGUGUGAGGCCGGUUGCUGAUACCUUUGGACGAGUCAACCGUGUGGAACCAGUAAGCCUUGAAGAGUUGGGAAGGCCUAGGAUCGAUGUGGUUGUCAACUGUUCUGGGGUGUUCAGAGACCUCUUCAUCAAUCAGAUGAAUCUACUGGAUCGAGCUAUCAAGAUGGUGGCUGAACUGGAUGAACCCGAAGAACUAAACUAUGUGAGGAAGCAUGCAUUGGAACAAGCCAAGACCCUAGGCAUUGAUGUUAGAGAAGCUGCCACACGUGUCUUUUCUAAUGCUUCAGGUUCUUAUUCCUCCAACAUCAAUCUUGCCGUCGAGAAUUCCUCCUGGAAUGAUGAGAAGCAGCUCCAGGACAUGUACUUGAGCAGAAAAUCCUUUGCAUUUGAUUGCGAUGCCCCGGGUGCUGGAAUGACUGAGAAAAGGAAAGUCUUUGAGAUGGCUCUCAGCACUGCUGAGGCAACAUUCCAAAAUCUUGACUCUUCCGAAAUCUCGCUCACCGAUGUGAGCCAUUACUUCGACUCAGACCCUACCAAUUUAGUGCAGAACUUGAGGAAGGACGGGAAGAAGCCCAGCGCGUAUGUUGCUGACACUACAACAGCUAAUGCCCAGGUGCGCACACUUGCUGAGACUGUGCGACUGGAUGCGCGAACAAAGUUGUUGAACCCAAAGUGGUAUGAGGGAAUGAUGUCUAGUGGGUAUGAGGGUGUGCGUGAAAUCGAGAAGCGGCUGACAAACACAGUCGGGUGGAGUGCCACGUCAGGCCAAGUCGACAACUGGGUCUAUGAAGAGGCUAACUCAACUUUCAUUCAGGACGAGGAGAUGCUGAACAGGCUCAUGAACACAAAUCCUAACUCCUUCAGAAAGUUGGUACAGACAUUCUUGGAAGCGAAUGGGCGUGGCUACUGGGAGACAUCUGAGCAGAAUAUCGAAAAGUUGAGGCAGCUCUACUCCGAGGUCGAGGACAAGAUCGAAGGGAUAGAUAGGUAAAUAAUAAAAACUUGACAAAUUCCCAUUGUGUAUUGUAGUGCAAAUAUCAAAUUCACAGUUUUCUGAUUUAUUUGAGGUCGCCUUAUCCAAGGAAUGGAUAGACGUGUAAUCUGCGGGAAAAUUUGUAACAUGACUCUCCACAAGUUUCCCAAUGUAAUUAAUCUGUUCAGGCUUUUA